AUGGAAAUUGAUAUUCUUUCUAAAGGAUGCAUUAAACCCUCUGUACCAACACCCUCUGACCUAAGAACCUACAAGAUUUCUUUAUUGGAUCAAUUUAUGCCUCUUGUCUAUACACCGAUGAUCCUUUUCUAUUCCAACCAGGACAUAAAUCCUGUCAAAGAUGAUGAUGAUGAUGAUAUCAUCUCCAAGAGAUUACUAUUACUACAGCAAUCCUUGUCCCAAACCUUAACAAGAUUUCACCCACUUGCAGGAAAAAUUAAAGACGAUUUUUCCAUUGAUUGCAGUGAUGAAGGUGCAUUCUUUGUAGCGGCAAGAACCAAAAUUGCUCUUUCUGAUUAUCUACAGCAGCCUGAUCUCAAUUCACUAUAUAAAUUGUUGCCAAGUACGGAUGAGCCAACUUCAGGAUCUUAUGUUUCCAUGAUUCAAGAAACCAUCUUUGCUUGUGGUGGAAUUGCCAUCGGUGUUUAUGUUUUGCACACGGUCAUGGACGGAUCUGGUUUAGCUUCAUUUCUAAAAGCUUGGGCUGCCAUAGCAUGUGAUGAACAGUCUACUAAAGCCUGCUAUCCUAACUUUGACGGCACGUCUAUGUUUCCUCAGUAUGGCGCAUUCCCAAGAGAUGCAAAUGUUAUGGCUUAUGGGAGCCACUUUCGGAAAAGAGGUAAGAUUACCAGACGAAGGUUUGUGUUUGACGGACCCGCAAUUGCCAAUCUGAUGGAGAAAGCAAGAGCUGAAACAGGAGUGCCAGAAAAUCCUACACGAGUUGAGGUGGUCUCUGCACUUCUAAUCAAACACAUGAUGGCUAUAUUUAAAGCUAAAUCUGGUGUUGACAAGCCACUUGCAAUCAACCAUGCUGUGAACAUGCGUCGACGAAUGGUGCCACCAAUCCCUGAAUGUUCAGUGGGGAACUUCGUAUGGCCAGCAGCUACAAUUUGCAAGCCUAACGAGACACAGUUAAGUAGCUUAGUAUACCAACUGAAGGAAGCAAUUAUGAAGAUCAACAGUGAUUUUGUGAGGAACAUAAAAGGUGGUGAUCAUGGAGGAUUCAUCAAGCUCUAUGAAUUAAAGAAAGAGGCAGCUAGUUCAUUUACCAGUCCCUUGUUCUCCAAUGGAGUGGACUACGUUUUGUUCUCUAGUUGGUGCAAUUUUGGUCUCUAUCAAGUUGAUUUCGGGUGGGGAAAGCCUGUUUGGACCACGACUGCUCGCUACAGUAAUGGGGAUUUGGAAAUACCUUUCUUGAAUUCGAUCGUUCUUAUGGAUGCAAGGAAAAACAAAGGAAUAGAAGCAUGGAUGGUUUUGGAUGAAGACAUAAUGGUUAUGUUAGAUAAAGAUAAGAACUUCAUCCAAUAUGCUUCCCCUAAUCCAAGUCCUUUAAAUUAG